GAUUAGAGCUAAGAGGCCUUAUACUGCAUUGUUGCCAUUGUUGGUAGUAGUCCUAGUACAAAAUUUGACUUUACAAACAUAACCUCACAAAAGACUUCCAAAUUAAAGUUAUUUUUUUUUUUUGAAAAUGUUUAUUUUAAUUAGUUUAUAGUUUGUUUAACAAUUUAGUUAAGUGACAAAAUGGAUUCGAGCAAAAAAUACGACAACCCCAGCCCUGAAGAGUCUGCAAUUUGGUUAAAUAAACUAUUUUUCUGCUGGGUACUACCUUUUUUCAAAAUAGGCUACAACAAAGAUCUCCAAACUAAAGAUAUUUACAAUACAACUAAAAAAGACUUAUCAGGACCCCUAGGAGAUAUUUUAGAGAGAAAUUGGAACAAAGAAGUAUCAAGAACACAAAAAACCAAAGAAAGUCCCAGCCUGAAACGAGCAAUAUGGAAAAGUUUUGGAAAAAUGUACAUGCUUUACGGAGUGUUAUUGUUCCUGAAUGCCUUAUUUAUCAAGAUGACACUGCCAAUAGUCCUUGGCUUUUACAUAAGAUUCUUUGAAAAAACUUCAACACAAAGUCCAACCACUGGCUGGCUACUAGCCUGUGGAGUUAUAGGAAUGGCCUUUAUCAAUUGCUGCAUUAUACAUCAUUCUAAUAUGAACAAUAGCCGAAUUGGAAUGAGAAUUAGAAUUGCUUGUUCUUCACUUAUAUACCGCAAACUUUUAAGAUUGAAUCAUCUAUCACUCGGCCAAACAGCAGCAGGUCAACUAGUAAACCUACUAUCAAACGACGUGGCUAGAUUUGACGCUGCAAUGCUAUAUUUGCAUUACAUCUGGAUAAUGCCCAUUGCAGCUUUGGUAGGGACUUAUGUAAUGUACAGUUACAUUGGAAUGGCUGCCUUUAUUACUAUGGCAGUGAUGGCAUUGCAAGCGAUAUUUGGACAAGGUUACCUGAGCAAAUUGCAAGGGAAAUAUAGGGGACAAAUUGCACAGUUGACUGAUCAAAGAGUUAAGUUGAUGAGUGAAAUUACUAGUGGGAUUCAGGUUAUUAAAAUGUAUGCUUGGGAGAAGCCUUUUGAAACUAUGGUGGCUUUUUCUAGAAGAAAAGAAGUAAAAGUCAUUGCAAAAACUUCCCACAUAAAAGGAUUUUCUGCAGCACUGAAUGUGUUUGUCGAAAGGGCCACUCUUUACAUAGCUGUGAUAUCUUAUGUAUUAUUAGAUAAUAGAAUUACGGGCGAAGUUGUUUUUUCUGUAGCCCAAUUGCUAAACACCAUUCAGUUUUACAUGUCGAUUGUUUUUCCAAUGGCUCAAUCGGCUUAUGAGGAAGCCAAAGUAUCAAUUAGAAGAAUUGAAGAGUUUUUACUUAUGGAGGAAAAUCCAGCUUUAGAGUAUUCAGAUGUCGAAUCUCCAAAAACAAGCAUCAAACUAACAAAGGCCCGUGCUAGCUGGCUAUCCAAUCCUAUAGCCCACACUCUAGUCGACAUAGACUUAGAAAUUGCACCUGGAACUUUGUGCUGUGUAGUUGGUUCUGUGGGUUCAGGAAAAAGCUCUCUGUUACAAGUAAUUUUAAAAGAACUUCCUUUAAAUAUGGGCCGAUUAGAAGCACCUGGCAGGAUAUCUUAUGCUGCACAAGAACCGUGGUUGUUCACCUCAAAUGUUAGACAGAAUAUUCUAUUUGGAAUGCCUUACAUUAAAGAUCGGUAUAAAGAAGUUGUAAAGGUUUGCGCUCUCCAAAGAGACUUUGAAGAAUUACCAUUCGGCGACAAAACUCAAGUAGGAGAAAAAGGGGCUGCUUUAAGUGGAGGUCAAAGGGCUAGAGUUGCUCUUGCCCGAGCUGUUUAUAGAGAUGCUGAUGCCUAUUUACUGGAUGAUCCUCUUAGUGCUGUUGAUGCUCACGUAGCAAAGCAUUUAUUCGAGGAAUGCUUGCAAAAAUAUUUAUGCAACAAAAUAAGGGUUUUGGUGACACAUCAAGUACAGUUUUUGAAAGGGGCCGAUUUGAUUAUUGUAAUGAAUAAUGGGAAAAUAGACAAGAUUGGCAAGUUUAGUGAUUUGGAAAAGGAUGUGGCUGCUUUGUCCAAGGAAGUUGAGCAAGAUAAGGAAGCUAAAGAGAAGGAGGACGCAGUUAUUGAGAAAGUCACUAGUGUGAAGAAUAAUAGGGAAAGAUUGAAGUCUAUUUCUUCAGUUAUUAGUAUGGUUGGUUCAGAACCUGAUGAAACUCAAGAACUUCUUGAAAAAGGUUCUAUACCGACCUCAACUUAUGUACAGUAUUACAGAGCGGGUGCUCCUUAUAUCCUUUUAAUAGGCUUGGUGAUUUUACUUAUUAUAGCACAAGUUAUGUGCAAUGCCUCAGAUAUGUGGGUAACAUAUUGGACAAAUAAAGAAGAAUUUAGAUAUUUACAAGAACAAAAAUCAAUUAAUGCCAUAGGAACAACUUUGCCAACUUUAUUGAACAGCACAUUGAGUGAUUUAUAUGACAAUAUAACUAGCCCUAUUGUAUUAACAGACAAAAGUCCAAAUGACCAAUUAUUUUCUCGGGAUACCUAUAUUAUAAUCUAUACAAUUAUAAUUAUUAUAGCUGUGAUUUUGACUAGUGCUAGGUCUGCAGCCUUCUAUAAAAUUUGUAUGAACGCUUCCGAAAGACUUCACAACAUAAUGUUUGCAAAUAUUUUGAAAGCUCCAAUGGCAUUUUUCGAUGCCAAUCCUUCAGGAAGAAUUUUAAAUAGAUUUUCAAAAGACAUGGGAGCCGUUGACGAGAUUUUACCAAAAUGCACUUUAGAUUCUCUACAGGUGUUUUUGGUAAUGGCUGGAAUCUUGGGAAUGGUUUUCAUUGUCAGUCCCUGGAUGAUAAUUCCAGCUGCAGGAUUGGGAUUUUUGUUCAUCUAUUGCCGGAACGUGUACUUGGCUUCGGCUCAAGAUAUAAAAAGGUUAGAAGGUUUGACCAAAGCACCAGUAUUUUCACAUAUAUCGGCAAGCCUUUAUGGAUUGCCUAGUAUCCGGUCUUUUAAGGCGCAAAGUUUGAUUAUUAGAGAAUUUGAUGCUUUACAGGAUCAACACACUGCUACUUGGUGUCUGUUUCUACUUACCAGUGAAACUUUGGGUUUUUACUUGGACACCAUCAGUGCACUGUUUUUGGCCCUUGUGACUUUCCAGUUUUUGCUGUUUCGAGACGAAAAUACCGUCAGUGGAGAUGUAGGCCUUGUGAUUGCUCAAAGCUUGAUUUUAACAGGUAUGCUUCAGUAUGGUGUCCGUCAAUCAGCAGAAGUAUCCUCAAACAUGACCAGUGUAGAACGAGUACUCCAGUACACGAAACUAGAAGAAGAAGGUCCCUGGGAACCGCUACCGGCCGACAAACCUCCUCUAGAUUGGCCGAAGCAAGGACAAGUCAAUUUCAAACAUGCCUACUUAAGAUAUUCUCCAGAUGCACCUCCAUCUAUUAAAAAUCUCACUGUGGAAAUAAAAGCUGGUGAAAAAGUCGGAAUUGUUGGUAGAACAGGCGCAGGCAAGUCUUCAUUGGUUGCCACUCUAUUUCGUUUGGCUCCAAUUGAGGGUAGCAUAGAAAUAGAUGGACUGGACACCGGUGUUGUAGGACUUAAAUCCCUCAGGUCAUCGAUUUCGAUUAUUCCUCAGGUACCGACUCUGUUUUCUGCUAGUUUAAGAUACAAUUUGGAUCCUUUUGGAAAAAGUACUGACGAACAAUUAUGGAAAGCUUUAGAGCAAGUUGAAUUGAAACAAGGUGGUGCUACAUUAGAUAGUGCUGUAAGUGAAGGGGGUGCUAACUUUAGUGCUGGCCAAAGACAGCUAAUUUGUUUAGCCAGAGCUAUUGUUAGAAACAACAAAGUACUGGUUAUGGAUGAGGCAACUGCAAAUGUAGAUCAACAUACUGAUUCAUUAAUCCAAACCACCAUAAGAGAAGCUUUCAAAGAUUGCACAGUGAUUACUAUAGCACACAGAUUGAAUACUAUAAUUGAUUGUGAUAAGGUUUUGGUAAUGGACCAUGGUGAAGCUGUAGAAUUUGCUCCUCCAAAUGAACUAUUGAAAAAAAGAAACGGACAUUUUACUAAAAUGGUUGAACAAACUGGACCAGCAAUGGAAGCUAAAUUGAGGAAAACUGCUAAGGAAGCUUAUGAUAAAGCUUGGGCUCAUAUUAAUGGACAUGGCCAGGAAGAGUUAGACGAUUGAUUGGUAUUUACAAAUAAGAUAUUUUUGUAAUCGUUACUAGUCAAAAAAAAAUAAUACAUACAACCUUAUGUAACAAAUCUACUUAAAUUUUGGUGCUUAAUCAUGCCUUAUUUUUAAUACAAUUUCAGGAUUAAGUACUUAAGAUUGAUAAUAAUUAUACUACUUAAUUGCGACAAUAAUAGUUAAUACUUAAUAAUUUUUUCAUGACUUAAUGAACAAUAGGAUUAAGUUCUUUUUGACAAAUUUUACUUAGCAUCUAAGGUAUAGGAGUUUAAUGAUAUAUUUUUUUUGAUAACAUUUUGAAUUAUGUAUUUAUUUGUCUUAUUUAAUAAAUAAUGUUGGAAAAUAAUUGACUUGGUGAUUGUGACUCAAUUACAAUAAAUGUACAUCACCACUUUUAACUAAAUUCGCUACAUUAUUAUAACAAAUCAAAAUUCUCGAUCCAGUACUUAAAUCAGUAAUAUCAUUGCUUUCGUCCACCAAAAUGCCUUCAAUAUCCUUUUUGGCUUUCAAAAAAACUAUGCUGCGCAUGUUUGGUUUGACGAUAAGGGCUUCCUCGUUCAUAACAGUGGGGCAAAAACUCAUCACAGAUUCAAAGUGUUGGUUUAGAUCUAAAAUUCAUGAAUUAAUCAAACUCCAAUUCGUUUUGGCUCAAAUACAAAUUCUCAUUGUUGGUCACUCUGAGUCGUUCUUGUUGCAAAAUGUGUUUGGAAAAAGUUUCGAUUUUUUCCAAUCGCAUCCUCAAGUAACUGGUAACCAAAAAUUUCAGCCUGUUGAUUUCCUUUUGGUAAAAGGCCCUUUUGAAAUCGAGGCUGUCUAGGUGCUGUACUUUUUGGUCCAUGUGGCCUAUUUGGCCAAGGAGUAUUUCAACGAUUUCUCGUUUGUUUGGUAGGAUUUCUGGAGCGAAUUUUUCGUUGAGCCACGCUUCUUCCAUUAUUUCGAUUACUUGUUCUAAAGAUAAUUCGGCCUGAGAAAAAUACAAACUUUUUAUACG